ACAGGUGCGCGGCAUAACAGGGAAUCGUGGGAGUUUCUUUCUUUCUGCAGACGUUACUUUUCACGAAUAGGGCACCAGGUCGGAGAAAGGAGGGAGUCCGUGUUCUCGCCACGCUUAUCGCGUCCACCUUGUGGCGGUAUUUUCAGCUCUGUGUGCUCCGUUUUUUCUCCGUUUCAGGCAACAAUAGUGUCAGUAUGUCAGAGACUUGGACGAACGCGCGUUAUUAGUGUUAGCUAAUUAAGCUACCUGCGCGCGAGCGCUGUGUGACCAAAUGGCACACAUGACGAGAGAAAGGAAACAAGCCUGAGGGAAGCGCCGAAGGGAAGUUGGCCUCCAGACCGGCAGGCAGGUCAGGCGAUGGAGAUUGAGUCAGUCCGGGUAGAGUCCAGUGUCUGGGUCGGUAAAAAGCGGUUCAGAGCGCUGCUCAGCGGAUGGUACUUCAGCUGGACCGAACUGGACAAGAAGAACAGAGAAAAGAAAACGAUUUCAGUGCCGAUUGGUGAGGUGGUGGCAGUAGCGGAGGGCCGGGUAGAGAUCCAGCCGCAAAAGAAAGCGGAGGACACCGACCGAGACUUCACGUUGUUCUAUGUGAAGCGACGUAGCAGUGGUGGUAGGAUAUGGACUCUGGGCAGGACCCAGUUCUGCUGCCCUAGCCGUGACCUCAGGGACCAGUGGGUAGCUCAACUCAAAACUGCUCUUAAAACUCACUGCUCCUCUCGUCCUCACAGGUUGUUGGUGUUCAUUAACCCCUAUGGGGGAAAGAAGAGGGGCAAGGAGAUCUAUCUCUCCUUAGUGGCUCCUCUAUUCGAGCUGGCUGGCAUCAGCUCUCAUGUUGUGGUGACUGAACGUGCCAAUCAGGCGAGAGACCACAUCCUGAAGAAAGACCUCACUGGCUUUGACGGAGUGAUUUGUGUGGGAGGAGAUGGAAUGUUCAGCGAGCUGCUGCAUGGCGUGAUUGGCCGAACGCAGCAGGAGGCGGGCAUUUCGGAACAUGACCCCACUGUGAUGCUGCAACCAUGUGACCUGCACAUCGGCAUCAUUCCAGCAGGCUCCACAGAUUGUGUUUGUUUUGCUACAGUGGGUGUGAAUGACCCCGUUACAUCGGCAUUGCACAUUGUUAUUGGAGACUCUCAGCCUCUGGAUGUGUGCUCUGUCCAUCAUCAGUCCACCCUGGUGCGUUAUUCUGUUUCAUUGGUGGGUUAUGGCUUCUAUGGUGACGUGCUGGCUGAAAGUGAGAGGCACCGCUGGAUGGGACCUCUCAGAUACGACUACUCAGGUUGUUUAGUGUACCUGUGCAACAGGAGCUAUAGGGGAAUAGUGCAGUAUCUACCUGCGGAUCCCCAGAUCAGCAGCCCAAGAGACAGCACUCGCUGCCUCUCAGGGUGCCGUGUGUGCUCAGAGAGCACAGAGAGACUAUUUCCUCACUCAGACAGCUGCAGCUCCCUCUACAGCAGGCAGCUCAGUCAGUACAGCAUUGAAUCAGAAGGGGAGUGGAUAAGUGUGGAGGGCAGGUUCAGGUGCGUGUCCCUCACCUGCAUAUCCAGUUCGUGCCCACGGAGCCCUAAGGGACUCUCCCCCUCUGCACACCUGGCUGAUGGAACAGGUGACCUCAUCCUGGUGCGGGACACCAACCCCCUGGGUUUCCUCACAUACCUGCACCGACAUACCACUACCCAGGAUCAGUUUGACCUGCCAUUUGUUGAGGUGCACCGUGUCAAAGCAGUGCGCUUCUCUCUUCCUCCUGACGGCGACUAUGAUGAUGAGGAAAGAGAACAAAGCAUUUCAGAAGUACUGGAAGAUCCAGAGAAGCUGUGUGAAAGUGAUAUUGAAUUUUCUAAGGACGGCUCACAGCAGUACCUUGCAGAAAGACAGAAAGAGCAAGAGAUGAAAGAUGAAAGGAAGAAGAGAGAAUUUUUCUGUGGGCCCUGCUGCAGUAAACCUCCUGCAGUGUCAGUGUGGAACUGCGAUGGAGAGAUUCUGCCAUACACUGAGAUUUCAUGCAGGAUUCGUGGUCAGCUGGUGCGUCUAUUUGCCAGAGGUAUCGAGGAUGACAGAGAUGCCCAGAAAUGCCAUGAAGGAAGCAGGAAUUGCAAAGGGAGAUGUGUUCUACACACCUAAUGAACUUAACAACCAUAAAUAAUGUUGUAAUAACCAAUGGAAUUCCUUAUUUAACUUACAAAAUAUAAAACAGUAAUAAACAAACUGGUCUAAAUUC